AUGUGCUGCGGCGCCGAGGUGGCGGACCCUGGAGAGCACCGGCGGCGACUGGCCGCCGGCGACGACGACGGGGGAGAUGGACGGGAGGAGCAUGCACUACUGUCCUCGCCGCCGCCCAAUACGACGAUGUGGCGGCGCAGACAGGCGCAGGACAUGUCGGCCAUGGUGUCGGCGCUAGCUCAUGUCGUCGCCGGCGGCGUGGGCGAUGGUGGCAUCGCGUCUUCGACCAAGAGACCCGCCGAGCACGAGGCCUUCGCGGAGGAGGCGUGGUGGUCGACGUCGUACGGUGGUGGAGACGGAGACGGCGGAGCGCCGUCGGCGGCCUCUCCCUUCCUUGCCGAUUACACAGCAGCGCCCGCCGCAUCCUACUCGCCGCACGGGGUGGCAGCCGGCGACGAGGAGCUUCCUUCGCCGUCCUCCGCCGAGUCUGGCGGCUCCGGGGGCACGCCGAGGAAGCGGUACAGGGGCGUGCGGCAGCGGCCGUGGGGGAAGUGGGCGGCGGAGAUCCGUGACCCGCACAAGGCGGCGCGUGUGUGGCUCGGGACCUUCGACAACGCCGAGGCCGCCGCGCGCGCCUACGACGCCGCCGCCCUCGGAUUCCGCGGCAGCCGCGCCAAGCUCAACUUUCCGGAGUCCGCCACCAUCCCGCCACAGCAGCAGCCUCCCCCCGCUCCGGCAUUAGCGAUGCCACCGCCGCAGCGGCCCGAGGCGUUGCUGGAGUCGCAGGCUCUGUUGGGAGGGCAGGCCUAUUCCCACUACGCCAGGUUCCUGCUGCCGAGCACCGGCGGCUCGACGUCGGGGGCGCCGAGAACGCCGGCGCCUCCUGUGAUGUACAGCUUCGGAGCCGGAGCGAGCUACCCCAUGCAGCCGGAGAGCAGAGGUGAGGGUGCCAGUACAGAACGCCCGGGCCCGGUGGUGACCUCAGCAGCGGCGUGGGCAGCCUACAGCCAUGAGCAGCCUGAGCGGCGGGAUGACCCGUCGGUGUGA